AAGGGCUUCCGGCAGGGGAGGGGGAGCUUCCGGCGGCCGGCGUCAUGCUGCUGUUCUGCCCGGGCUGCGGGAACGGGCUCAUCGUGGAGGAGGGACAGCACUGCCACCGCUUUGCCUGCAACACCUGCCCCUACGUGCACAACAUCACGCGCAAGGUGACCAGUCGGAAGUACCCGAAGCUGAAAGAAGUGGACGAUGUGCUCGGGGGGGCCGCUGCCUGGGAGAACGUGGACUCCACAGCAGAGCCGUGUCCAAAGUGUGAGCAUCCUCGUGCUUACUUCAUGCAAAUUCAGACGCGCUCCGCCGAUGAGCCAAUGACGACCUUCUACAAGUGCUGCAGUGCCCAGUGCGGGCACCGCUGGAGGGACUAGGCCGUGCUGCUGUCGCUGGACUGCUAGCCGGGAAUGCCGGUGUGGCGGGCGCCCUUGUGUGAGAGCAGGACCCCAGCUCUUGCUGUUAGCUUUGUCUGUCCUGCAGCACGCUCCUUAGCAUAGUGUCACAUGUUAGAUUCCAAGCGUAUUUAAUCAAGAUUUAUUUGGCAUCUUUCUCAGAAAAGGGAAGUCUAAAACUGCCUUUCCACAAAGCUUAAGCAAGAGCAGUCACCUUGUCU